CAACUCAAGUCUGUUUUGGCGCCUGAAAUUGAAAGUUGGUGGCGUCUGAUUGGUUCCCUGGAAAGGACUUAUUUCAUUCCCUGCAACCAUUGGCUGUCGUUGCAAGAAAGGGGCGGGGCAAUUACAAAACAACAAAGAUCGAUUCAGGAGGGUAGGACGGCAACUUUCGGCGCUGACCUUGACCACAGGCGAAACACGCAAGACGAGGCCAGGUCGCCGCAGCCGAGGGCUUCGAUGCCUGUCAACUGAAAGAAGUGGUCUUCGAUGCCCUCCAUCAGGAAACGACUGGUCAACUUCAUCCGACAGUUUUCCUACUCGCACUCGUCCAUCCCGAAACCAGUUCCGCCGACGCCCAGCUGCUUCAUCCAGCGCUACCUUUUUGGAGAUGAGCACCGUCUGGAGCAACCCGCCAUCCUGCACUCGUGCGGCAGCACUUGCCAGGAGAUGCCCGUCCUGCACCUGGGCCACUUGAGUCCAGCCGUGUUUGCCGCCUGCACAGGCCCCGACGGUGGACUCACCACGGUCAACCGGGCAGCAGCCCACAAGCACGUCGCCACCAGUGACCCUGACGUCGAUUACAUCGAUGACUCCAGACGCAGCUCGACCUGCUCCUUCCGGACAGACCGGACAGUUCAACUAUCUAAUUUGUCCAGGUCGGUGGACAACUCAAUCAUGAACAUCCGAGCCAUGGGACUGACCUACUGCGUCAGUGAGGCAGAUCAGGGCAAGAAAAGUGUGCACACUUCCAUGUCAGACCUGAACGAUUAUGUCAAUAAUUUGGACGAUGAUUAUCCUAUCAUUCCGCCGCCGCUGGACUACACUGACGAAGCAGACCAGCGGUACACCUGCAGCGCCCCUGCCUCACCCUACCACCCAACAACAGAAUAUUUAACCUUUAAAGAGUCUUUACUUGGCAACAUUGAAGUGGCAGGAGUGAAAGAUUGGUUCUCUCCUCACCCUCGAGCCUACGGAGCUGCCACGAGUCUUUACGAGCAACACCCUGUCACUGGACAAAAGGCUGGUGACCCCAUCGCAGACUCGUUCGCCAUUGUGGCCAGGGAGAACAGCGCCCUGCUCAUUUUGGCCGAUGGAGUCAAUUGGGGUGAAAAGGCCAAAAUCGCCUCUCGAUCGGCCGUGCACGGCUGCGUCGAGUACCUGAACAAAGUUCUCUACAUCGACAGCUACCGCUCCCCUGCCAGGGCCAAACCAAAGAACACCUCUGACGUGUUUCUGGCGCUGCUCCGCUCCUUCCACAUGGCCCAUAGCAUGAUUCUGCAAGAGGGUGGAAUGCUGACCACCCUGACCGCGGCUGUGGUGUUGCCUCUGCAGGAGGAUGACCAAUACGUAGUCUGUGUGUGCAACGUCGGAGACUCGUUGGCCUAUGUUUACAGCCCUUCUUGUGGAGUUAGGGAGAUAACCCAAGGCUCUCAUGAUAUCAAUUCAAUGCGUGAUAUGCGCGACGCUCUGGGAGCCCUCGGCCCCGUGGACGGUCUCAACCCAGAGCUGAGCAACCUGACCUGCUCGAUGACCGUGGUUCACACUGGCGACAUCGUUUUCCUCACCAGCGACGGUGUCUCGGACAACUUUGACCCGGUCGUCGGCAAGUUUGCCAUCCCGAAAAGGGUUUCCAUGAGUUCCCCUGUGCCCACCAUGAAACACACCAAAGAGGGUCUUCCCGGAUCAGCCUCCGCAGGAGACAUUUUAGAAGGAAUCAAAAACAAACUGCCCUUCGUCGAGGCCCAUCAACGACACGAGCUCACUCUGAUGAGAAUGGAGGAUUUGUUGUAUCACGGAAUGACUGGCAAUGAGCCUCCAUGCAGAACCGCCGAGCAACUAUGCGUGCAGCUUAUCGACUUUGCAUCUAAACUGACUGUUGCCAAAAGGAGAAUUCUGGAGGACCCAGAGUUGUACGUUGGCGAAACGUCUUCUGAUAACAAGCUGGAGCUCAAGCGGAACGAGCAAAAGUGCCGAAGACGCAAGGUAUUCGAGAGACUGGCGAUGGUGCCUGGCAAACUAGAUCACGCCUCUGUGGUUGCCUACAAUGUAGGCGACUACCAGAGUUUGUGAGUUGAGAAGAAGGGAAACGAGAGUGCAAAGUGAGUGUGAUCCAGUUUAUGGUUCGACCGAUUGUUGCCUGUUGAAUGCGAAUUUUAAAGUCUAAAAAAACGAGAAGAUACUUUUAUCAGAUUUAUCUGUUAAGUUUUCAACAAUAUUUUAUCUCUCUACUGCUGAGCAAAUUUUUCCUGCUUGUUAUGGCACAUUGCGAUACUUUUGUACAAAGAUAUAUUAUUUUGUAAUUCCUCUUAUAUUCUAUAUUGACCUCAAAUAAUUUGCAGAUUAUUUAUUAUUAGCCGACUAUUAGUUUUAAAAUAAAUUAACCAAGCAGAUUUGUUUGAGGCUACGUUAUAUUGAUAUAUUGAAAUUAAAAUAUUUACUUGAUUAUUUUUUUGUCUUGAAUUUUAGUGCCAAUUAUUCUUGCAUCAGACAAUUUAAACUUGGCGAUAUAUAUUUUUGUCUCUUGGCACGGCGCUGGCUCGCCCUCUGUUUAGUUGCUAUUCGCUUUGCACUUGAAAGUUUUUAAACUGAGCAAUAUUAUUUUUAUAUGCACAACUUUUGCUUUGAUGAAACCCACCCCACGAUAGUUAACAGGCCAGUCAGAUAAAUAUUCAACGGAGUGGUAACUUACAAAUCGUCUCAAAAACCUCGCUUAAGAUUUCUCUGAGAAAAAUUUAGAUUGUUCAAUAGAUUUUCGCUCUUGCCUUCCCAAAUGUUUUGAAAUGUAUUUGCCAAAAGAAUUUAAAUUUUGAAGACGAAUUUAAACAAAAGUUGGGUAAUUUAUUUGUCGUCAAUUGGUAGUUUGCAGUGCCAUUCAUUCGUGAUAUGUGGAGGUUGGCUGUCAUGUUUUAAUGAUAGAUAUCAAGAUGCUAUCAAUUAAAUUCAAAGGUGCAUUUAAAAUUAAAAAAAAAAAAAUAAUGGCAGAUUGCUGAUUUUGGGACACUAGAGAAGAAUUUAACUAUUUAAAAGUGUGCAACGAAGAAAUCAAAAUGCAAACUGAUACUGAAUUUUACAAAGAAGGUGGUAAAAUUUUAUCUCAACAAAAAGGCCCGGUUCUGGCAGCAAUUUUUUACAUAAUAGGCAAAACUAGAUUGAUGUUCCCUCUUUACGUUGAAACUCUAGAUAAUUAUUUUGUUAGAAAUUUAAUAGACGCAGCUGUUAACAAACUAUCUUGUUUGUAUUCCAUAAAAAAAACGCCAUAAUCUCUUCUGAUCUCACUUUUAUUCAAUAAUAACACAGAGAACACACUUUUAUGUACUCAACAGGGCUAGGAACAAAAUGAACAUGUACAAUUCUCUGCAAUUUGGACCGUCGUGGAUUAAUAAAAGCAAAUA